GUUCCCGUGUAGCGUAUAAAACCCCAAACCCUAGGCGUCCAGCUCCUCCUGCUUUACUCUAAUAGCCACCGCUUCUCCUUGCUUCAUUCUUUCUCUCAAAAACAUACCCUCCCACGCCCGCGAACAUAUAGCGUACUUGCAGCUGCAAUGCCUUCCGCCAUUGUUUCUGAAGCUAUGGCCUCUGAGUCGUCCAAAGACCUAAAGAAGAAGAUGAAAAAGAGUUCCAAGACGACCAUCGAAACCAGUGGCUCUGAAAAGGAGAAGAAGUCAAAGCAUAAGAAGAUAAAUUCGGGAUCUGAUUCUGAGGGUAACUCGGCAAAGAAAAAGCAGAGUAAGAAGAAGGAGAAGAAGCGGAAGGCUUCCGAGAUCGAUAGCUGCGAUGAGCAGGGGAGUGAGACCAGCUCGGAGCUGGUGGAACCGAUGAGCUUCAAGGUGGACAAGAAGAUUAAAAAGGCAAAGUUGUUGGAGGUUCCUAGCAGUGAAGAGGAUCCGAAUGCUAUUACAUGUUUCCGAAUUUCGGCGCCUUUAAGAGAGGCUUUGAAAGCUAAGGGAAUCGAGUCGCUUUUUGAAAUUCAAGCCAUGACCUUCGACACCGUAUUGGAUGGUACCGACUUGGUUGGUAGAGCUCGUACCGGCCAGGGUAAAACUCUUGCCUUUGUUUUGCCCAUUUUGGAGUCCCUAACAAAUGGUCCAGCUAAAGCUACCAGGAAGACUGGAUAUGGCAGACCACCUAGUGUUCUGGUGCUUUUACCUACCAGAGAGUUGGCUCUUCAGGUUUUUACUGACUUUGAAGCUUAUGGAGGGGUAUUGGGGCUAUCUUCUUGUUGCUUGUAUGGUAAUACACCUUAUGGACAACAAGAACAAAAGUUGAAAAGAGGUGUUGACAUUGUAGUGGGUACUCCUGGACGAGUAAAGGACCAUUUAAUGAGGGGAAAUCUUGACUUCACCUCAUUGAAGUUUCGUGUUCUCGAUGAGGUUGAUGAAAUGCUGAGGAUUGGUUUUGUUGAAGAUGUUGAAUUUAUUCUAGGCAAGGUACAAGAUGUGAAUCAAGUCCAAACACUUCUUUUCAGCGCAACCUUGCCAGGCUGGGUGAAGCAGAUUGCCUCUCAGUUCCUCAAACCUGAUAAGAAGACUGUAGACAUCGUCGGCAAUGAGAAAAUGAAGGCCAGCACAAGUGUCAGACAUAUUAUUAUUCCAUGCUCUAGCUCAGCUAGAUCUCAACUUAUUCCUGAUAUUAUUCGAUGCUAUAGCAGUGGAGGCCGCACUAUUAUUUUCACCGAAACAAAGGAUUAUGCAUCUGAGCUUGCUGGCAUAUUGCCCGGGGCUAGGGCUUUGCAUGGAGAUAUACAACAGUCUCAGCGGGAGGUUACACUCGCAGGUUUCAGAUCAGGCAAGUUCAUGACAUUAGUAGCCACAAAUGUGGCAGCCCGUGGGUUGGACAUUGAUAAUGUUGAGUUAAUUAUACAGUGUGAGCCCCCACGUGAUGUAGAAGCUUAUAUUCACAGAUCAGGCAGGACAGGAAGGGCAGGAAAUACUGGUGUGGCCGUCAUGCUUUAUGAUCCUAAGAGGUCCAACAUUUCCAGGAUAGAAAGAGAAUCUGGUGUUAAGUUUGAGCAUAUAGCUGCACCACAGCCAGCUGAUAUUGCAAAAGCUGUUGGAAAAGAAGCUGCUGAGCAAAUUGCAGGAAUUUCAGAUAGUGUAAUACCUGCCUUCAAGGAGGCUGCUGAGGAUCUUCUAAAUUCGUCUGAUCUCUCACCAGCAGAUUUGCUUGCAAAGGCACUGGCGAAGGCUUCUGGAUAUACUGAGAUCAAGAGUCGAUCCCUUCUAACUUCCAUGGAGAACUGUGUUACACUACAUCUUGAAAGUGGGAGGCCCUUCUAUUCACCUUCGUUUGUGUACAGCGUCUUGAAAAGGUUCUUACCUGAAGAGGUAGCUGAAUCUAUUAAUGGUCUGACUCUGACAGCGGAUGGGAAGGGGGCAGUGUUUGAUGUGUCUACUGAAAAUGUACAAACCUUCCUAGAAGGUGCAAAAAAAUCAUAUGAUACAAGCCUAGAAGUUGUUAAGGUGUUACCCCCUCUGCAAGAAAGAGAACAGACACGAGGUGGGAGAUUUGGUAACGGUGGUGGUGGGAGAGGUGGUCGUUUCUCUGGUGGAAGAGGAGGUGGUGGACGUUUUUCUGGCAUGAGGGGUGGAUUUUCAGAUCGCAGAGGUGGUGGUGGUGGAAGAGGCCGCAGAUAUUGAGAGGCCUAACAUACCUAGAUGAUGGAUGAUCAAGGUAGAGAUUGAUCUCCAUCUAUACAAAUUUUUGGGAUUAAAUUGAAGCAUCGUAAUUUUGGAGAAUGCGAAGAAGAAUGUAAUUUUGCACCAAGGUAUAGUUAGUGUCUGUUCUAUUUUUUCGUGAUUACAAACGAUAUUUUGUUUUUUAUCCAGUUUAAUUGUUUUUCUUUUGUUCGAGUCUUGAGUUGUACCAAGUUGUACUCUAUUUGAUCUGAUUUGUUCACGAGAAAAGGAACAUAAUUAUUCCUAAACUGUGGGGUUUAAUGUACCAAAUCCCCCAUGUGAUAUAGAAAUUCGGC